AUGCAAUUACGAUAUAGAGACUCAGAAAUAACACAAUUUAUAGUGGUAAUAGUCAAGAAAAUUGUACAAUCUGUGAUUUUUCAACAUGUCAACAAUGUAACACUGGUUAUGUAAAGUGGUUUUGUCUAUGCUUGUCCUGUGCAUUCUGUUAAUAUUGUUGAUUAUGCUGAUAUAGUACCAAUAGUAAUUUAAAUUUCUUAAAAUAUUUUACAAUAUGAUACCAAGUAAUUUAAAUAAAAAUUAAUUUUAGACUCCCGUUAUUUAGCAAAAGCAUUUUAUAAUUUUAUAUGAGUACUUCAGAUAUAAAUUAAUACUUUGAUCAAAAUACUCUAACUGGUAAUAAUUUCUUGAGAGGAUAAAAAUUUUCGAUAUUUCCAUCCAAAUUUGCUUUAGAUGAUAUGGAAUAAUGCAAUAGAUAAAAAAUCAUGGAUUAUAUCCAAAGCUCACUAUGCGGUUACUAUUUGAUUUAAUUUUACAUAUGGAGAUGA